CAGUAGAAUAAAAAUAAGAGGAAGUUCAACAGAAACUGGUGCAUCAACAACUCCAUUCCUGCAGCAACGUGAGCUGAGGAGAGAGAUGGAAGAUGCGGAGUUUGAUGAUAUUUUAGAUGACUGGUUUAUCGAAUCCCUGAAAACGUACAAAGAUCUCCACGUAUAUCAGCUGGAACAUCCCACCCAGGUGAUUGAGUGGACGUCAGAAAAGACCGUCUGUGUCGCAGGCUACAGUCUGUCCAAAAAUGAAAUUUUGGAGCUCCGUUUGCCUCUGAAACUUUUUGCCGAUGAAAAUAAGGGUCUCUGCGCAGAACGAGAUUUCAAAGUCGCCCACGGUGGUUUCACAGACGGUCCGGUCCGCCGCCUCAGGCACAUCCCAGGGACAAGGUGUGUUGUGACCAAUGAUGGGCUGAGCUCUGACCUGCAGGUGUGGGAUCUCGGAGGAGACGACAGCGAUGUGAUCAGGAGAACAGGAAGUAUUGCGGGGAGGAGAAACGUUUCGGAGAGAGGCAGCAGGAUCGCAGCUCGACUCUCGUCACCGCCACAAAUCCUUCAUGGAGCUCAGAGCAGCGACAUCCAGCUGACUGAACUGACCUCAGGACGGACUCUUUAUAAGCUAGAAACCGACUCAGCCGAUCCUCUGAGUUCCUUGCAGUUUGUGACUGACGCCGUUUUCCUCGCUGGCUGCUCUAACGGAAGCGUUUGCGUCGCCGACACUCGAACGUCAGCUGCUCCUCAGCUUUCGCCCCCGCCAGCAUCUUCAGGCGAUUCUGUCCUCUGGUGGGCAGACGCCUCUGUAGGUCCACAUCCCUCCAGCUGCAGGGUCAUCCGACUCUCCUCCUCCGGACAGGCGGUGGUUUCAGAUCUGAGGAAGCUGGGAGCUGUGUGCCAGGCUCAGCUGGAUGUCCAAACACGUUGUUGCAACCUGGAUCACGUCAGAGUGUCGUGGGCGCCGAUGUUGGACGACUGCAUCUCAGUGUCAGGUUUCGGUGGGGUUGUUCAGAUCUACACCACAUGUGGCUGGAGUAUGGAGCUGCAGGAACGUCAGCCACUGUUUCAGCAUCGUGGUCAUGUGGUUUCGUCACAACAGACUGAUGACAGCGUCCCCGUCUUUACCACCGCCCACAUCUGGCAUCCUGAGCGGCCACGGACGCUGCUUUCUGCAGCUUCGGAUGGCUCUGUCCAUGUCUGGGACUGGGUGGACCCAGAACAAUCAGCUGCUGGCAGUCCAAUACCAAGAACAUAAUAAAGAUCCAGUUUACCUGAGGGAAGGACAAUGAAAUGAGCUCAUGUAAUUACUGAGGAACUGAUCCACAAACUGAUGCAGGUCAGUAAAAAAAAAGUAAAAAAAAAAAAAAAAAAAACAACAACAAAAGAAACACUGAAACUAGUGCUGGCCAAAGGCAAACAACAGAAACACUCAUCACUUUCUGAUGUAGUGACUUGAAAUCUGUCCUGAGUAGUUAGUUAUCAGUACUGUCAGCAUUUCUGUAAAAGUAAAACAAAUAGAUUGAAAAAAAUGGAAAUUUGUUUCAUAAAAAUCAAAACAGACCAUUUAUGAAUUACAGAUAAACUGCUGUUGGAUUGAGGUCAAAAGUAUUCCUGGUUACUAAUCGCAUUUAAAUACAAAUGAAUGCAGAUGAUUGCUGGUUUUUGUAUUAGAACACAUAUUUGUGUUGCGCCUUUCUUCACAAAUAAAAGGUCUGCAACCUCGAGAGCACGUUAACAUGCACCUGGUUCACCUACUUUAGUCUUGGAGACGGCAGGCUCCUGAACUGAAGAUUGUCUUUGGGUUGUGGUUGAAAACCCGACUCAUCACUAGUCAGGAUCCACGACAUUAAGGUUGGGUUAGUUUGACAGAAUUUGAUUUAUUGAUUAAUUGUAGUAAAGUUACAAUAAAUACCUCCUGUUAGCUUAGAGCAUAUAAAUCUCAUCAAAAACCAAACAGAGCUCUUUAGCCAAUGAGAACUGCGUCGUCCUAUUUCACUCUAUCAUUUUUGGUCAAAUGAUUCUACAGUCUAAUCAUUUCCCAUUUUCAUGUACUGACCCAAGUAACCCAACUUGGAGCCAUUUCCUUUGUAGAAACUGCCUCUAUUAAAGUCCUAGUAGAGCUGUUUCUCACCUCUCUAAGGAGCGAAAAAGAAACACUGAGUGAACAUUGUGUGAACACAGCCUGCAGCGGCCCUGAAUUUUGCUGUGUGGCUGUCCGGUUCAAAUGGACCAGUCAAGGGUUUUUUAGUUGUGCUGAGAAGAGUUCUUUGUUUUCUUUCAGGAUCUGGUGCCCGCUGCUUAUUCUUGGCAAUUUUUUAAAGAAGCAAUGUAGAAUAAAAUUACACUUCUGAUGAAAUGUUCUAAACUUUAAUCAUUUUAAGCUUAGAUGUGAUUAAUUUUCCUAAAUGAACCUAACAGUACACACAAUUAGAUCAAGAAUUGUUGAAAAUCCCAAAUCAUUUGUACCGUUUUUGGAUCUGAUGAAUGAAACUAAACUGAGAAUGAAGUGAUAGGAGUAAUUUAGUGGCACAAGUGGAAGCUUCGAUAGAACGCACUGGAAAGUUUGAGGCUACCGUUACUAACCUGAGACAAACAUUUGGAGCAGUACAAAUUAGUUACUAAAUUUAGACAGUGAUUCAUUGAAACGUGUACCUUUUUCUGACUGCUGCCCCCAGCCACACUUCCUGCAGGUCUUGAAUCAGAAAAUCACUCCAGUUGCUAAGAGGAAAGGCAAAUAGACAACUGUUAGAGCUGAAAUCACACUUCAUUUGUUCCCAGUCCACUUUCUGACAUUUUAUUCUCUUGUCAACUUUUUAAAAUUUGCAAUUACUCUCAAAACAAAUCCCAGAAUGAAACUACAUUUUGAGCUAAAUUUGGCAUGCUUUUGCUCAGUAAUGCGUCAUCAGUAAAGUGUAUUGUCCCUGAUGAUUAAGUGUGUGCCAUUACCUUCUGAAUAAAAGAAUCACUUUCAGUCAUAGUUCAGCUGUCUGGAUACAAGGGAUCGUACCUGCCCCGCUCCAAGGCCUGCAGUUUAUCUCACCAUGUUGUAACAAUUUAGAUGAGAUGAUAAAACCAGCCAGAUAUUUCCUUAAAUGUGAGUGUAAGCUAAUCGCAGGUGGUAGAUCUGCUUACAAAGCACUUGCUGCUGCUACUUGUGAGCUUGAUUUUCUUAUCUAGACAGAAAGGAGACAGAGUUUACACAGAUUUUAAGGAGUACACAGGGCUUCGUCCCAGCUCAGGGGGCAUUUAUGGUUAAUAUCCACGAUGGCAUUCAUGAUUGGUCAGUGUGCAGUAAUUGCAAGGAGUCUAUGUUAUUAAAUUGACAAUUUAAAAAAAAGGCUUUGGUGCUGUUUAAAACCUCUAAAGAUUCCUAUUAGGAAAAAAUCCUGAUACAUCAAACUAAAACUGUGGAGUUUGUUUAAAGAUUGACAGGAACAAGUUUAUUUCCGGUGUAAAUUAUGCCUCUAUAAGAAUAUCCUGUUGUGACGGACAUCCGGACAGCUGUGAUUAAAUUAUUACUGAUGAAACGGUGAAUGAAAACCAACCCACCCAGAGACCGAGCAGAGCAUCAACAAAGUCAAAGAUUUCUGAAAGAGCUGCAGCUCUGCUCAUUCACAGCAGAGUUUUUUUUCACCCUGACCUUGGUUUCCUUUCAGCAUCCAGAUGAUGCUGGCCGGAAGAGCAUACAGUUUAAUACACAUCCUUCUCUGCUGCAGUUUCCAAGCUACUAGUUACUGUUCUCAGAUCAUCACAGCUGUAUACACCAGACUUUUUUUUUUCUUUUUGCCUGUCUGUGACUGUAUACCUAAACCCGUUUCAGGCUGGAAAGUGUAAAGGAUCAUAAUGACUGCUGGGACUGCAACAGGCUUCAGAGACUGAGAGGAUCCUAUUCCAUUUUACAGUUGUUUUUUUUUUCAUUCUCCCUUUGAAGCUUCUACUAAAUAUUUGACAGCAAACAGUAAAACUCCUUUUCUCCAGCUC